AUGGCGCCGACAAAGACCAAAAAGUCGAAGAAGUCUGCUGCUCCUCCUCCUCCUCCCCCUCCCCCUCCUGUAUCCAUCCCGGUUACAGGCUCGUCGCUGGACUACUCGCUGCCGCCGCUCGAUGUGCCUUAUGCCAUCCCGGAAGCUGAGCUGCCGCCAGAUCACGGCUUCAACGAGCCGCUGGAAGUGCCCUAUGAGAACGAGAAAGAGAUAUCUUCUGCUGCCCGACGAAGAGCAGCCAGCAGAGCCAGCGAGCCGCUUAUCGUCCCUACCUCUGCUGCUGCCGCUGCCGCCACUGCUUCUAUGUCUACUGGCGCUGUCGACCCAACCGCCGCCGUCUUCUCGUAUCUCGACCAGCAGCAGGAAGACCAGAUGCGGCCCUCUCACUCCAGAAAGGCCUCUGAGCCCGCCGUCUCAAAGGCCUCCAGGCCAAAGGACCAUGCCCGCAAGGCCAGCCUGUCUCAGCUGCUCAGAACCGUGUCCGGCGGAUCCUCGUCGACCGCCAAAGAGAGGGAUCGAGACAGAGAUCUCAGCCCGAGCCGCUCGUCUUCGGUAUCAAAGGAGUCAGAGUACCAGCCCGCAACGCCGCCAGACAUGCUGUUCGACCCUAUCAACUUCCAUAUCCCGGGCAGCAAGGGGGUGCCCAAGUCCCAUAUGGCCGGCUCUUACAUGACGGACUCGGAGAGCAUCCUCGAGGGUCCUCCGUCCGCUGCCCCGGCCUUCAUGAACUUCUCCCACCCAGAGGCCUUUUACAUGCCCAAGAGCACGCUGUCAUACUCCAUGGGGCCUCUCCCAUCCAAGCAGCCUGAGCGAGCACCCGUCGAAGGCUCACGGCGACGUUCGCAGACAUCGGCAUCGGCACCAGCAUCAGCAUUUGCAUCAGCAUUUGCAUCAGCAGCACCAGCACCAGCACCAGCACCAGCACCAACGGCAACGGCAACGGCAACGACACCAGACCAGUUUGAAUGGACAGCUCCUCCCGAGACACCUUAUCACGUAUAUCGAAAGUUUGAAAAGCUGAACCAUCGUGUUCUACGCCAUCUACAGGAAGAGAUUGCCCAGCUGGAAGACGACCUCCUUACCAUCGAUGACAUCGACGCCGCGCGCGCCGGUGCCUCGAGCAACCGCACCUCUCCAAGACAGAAACAGCUCGCUGCAAAGUACAGAGACCAGAUACAGGACCACUCCAACCUCCCCGCCGCAUCUGAAGACGAUAUCGAUGCGUACCGCAGCUUCUUGCGGUCCCCCGCUGGCGCUUCCUCCAAGAGUGAGCGAAGACUGCUGGACCACAGAACCGACCUUGUCACCAUGGCCCCUCGCCCAGCAAGCGCACUGCACUCUAACCCCCUCUACUCCACCGUGGCCGCAGUCUUUGCCGCCAUCCUCUUCCCUCUCCUGGCAUUUGGAGCCAUCUCGGAAUUCUUCGGACGCAUCGUCGUCGUCUCUUUUGUCGCCGGUACGUUUGCCUGGUGGGCGUCCAACGGACCCCCUGGACACGACUACCUCGUCGAGCCGCAGGAUGGCUGGAAGUGCGCCGUCAUCUACUUCGGCUUCAUGACUCUAGCAGCACUCUUGCUCUAG